AUGGCUACUGCUGAUCACUCGGGCUCAGUUCCCACACACGACCAUACCGAAUCUCGAGGCCACGAUGAAGAUACCGUUCAAGCCGCCGGCGAAAACGUAGCACCAGACAGGCACAUGCCCGCCGAAGACCACGAAACCAGCGAGGCCAGGAAUGAAACAACCACAACAGACGUGGAGGCAGCAGCAGCGGAGCCCGCACCGCCACCAAUCCACUCGGUAUUUUCCAAGAAAACCAAGCUUCUCAUAAUCACCAUGACUACCAUGGCAAGCUUCUUCUCUCCGGUCUCCGGCCAGAUCUACCUACCCGCACUGAACACUCUGGCCAAGGAAUUCCACGUCUCGCUCGCUGACAUUAACUUCACUGUCACGAGCUAUAUGAUUUUUCAGGGCAUAGCACCCAUGUUCUUUGGCGACCUGGCAGACCAACUCGGACGAAGACCUACCUACAUCUGCUGCUUCGUCAUUUUCUUCUUUGCCAACUUGGGCCUCGCCCUGCAGCGCAACUACGCGGCGCUACUCGUGCUCCGAGCCAUGCAGAGCAGCGGCAGCAGCGGUGUCAUCGCCUUGGGCAACGGCGUCAUAUCCGACGUGACGACCAGCGCAGAGCGCGGCUCUUACGUUGCCUGGGUUCAGAUGGGAACCCAGCUUGGUCCCGCCCUUGGGCCUAUCCUUGGCGGCGUCCUUGCACAGUUUCUCGGAUGGCCGUCCAUCUUCUGGUUCUUGGCCAUUAGCGGCGGCGUCUACCUUAUCCUGUAUAUCAUCCUGAUCCCGGAGACGGGUAGAAACGUCGUCGGUGAUGGCUCGCUGCCGCCGCAGGGCUGGAACAAGUCUUUGCUCAACAUCAUUGCAGAGCGUAGACGCAAGAAGAACGGACUUGAACGUACAGUCUCGCGGCAGGCCAAGCAUGAGGAGAGCAAACGGCUCGCGGCGGGGCGACAUCUACGUUUUCCCAACCCGUUCCAGGCGCUGCGCAUCGUCGUCGAGAAGGACGUCUCACUGAUACUACUAGCACUCUCCAUCCUUAUGACCGGCUUCUUCUGCAUGAUCGUGCCCAUGCCUGGCAUCUUCGCCAGCACCUACGGCUUCAACGACCUCCAGAUCGGCCUCUGCUACAUACCUUUCUCAGCCGGUGCCAUGCUCGGCAGUCUCGCCUGCGGCCGCUUCCUCGACCAUAACUUUCGCCGUGUCGCAGCUAAGCACGGCAUCACCGUCGAUCGCAAGCGCGCCAGUAGCAUGCGGAACUUCCCCAUCGAGCGCGCCCGGCUCGAAAUCAUCUGGGCUCCGCUGGUCAUCGGGAGUUUGUCGACGCUCGUAUGGGGCUGGGUUCUCCGCGCCCAAACCUCUCUUGCAGCGCCCCUCGUCAUCCUUUUCAUCGGCGGCGCUAUGCUCUCGGGCACUAUGUCGAUGCUUAUGACACUGCUGGUCGACCUGUACCCGCAGCGUGCCAGCACGGCCAUGGCCGGCCUGAACUUGUGCCGUUGCAGUAUGAGCGCCACCGGCACCGCGUCCGUCGAGUACAUAAUCCGCGCGUGGGGCCUCGGCUGGACGUACACGUUUCUCGGCUUGCUGAUGCUGGUGGGCAGCAUAGCGCCGUUGGCGGUUGUGGUGUGGAAGGGGCCGAGAUGGCGGGAGGAUAGGUUUUUGAGGAUGGAGAGGAAGGAGAAGAAGGAUAAGGAAGAACGAAAGACGUUGGAUGGGGGUGUGAGGAGGGGUGAUGGUGGUGUUAAUGGUGUAGAGGAGCGUGUGCGGGAGGAACUUGAGGAGGGGGAGAGGGAGGAAGAUGUUGGACCGCAGCAGAGUGGAGGUGAUGCCAAGGCUGACGGACGGAAGUAA